UCAACAACUAUGGCGGGCGAGGAGCGGCGGGCGGAGCCGGUGUGGGAAGGAUGGGGGGUGUACGUCACGCCCAGGGCCCCCCUUCGAGAGGGAAGGCGCCGGCUGGCCCCCCAAAAUGGCGGCGGGAGUGACGCGCCUGCGUACGGAACUCCUCCGUCGCGCCAGGGCCGGCGGGAAGUGAGGUUCUCAGAGGAGCCGCCAAAAGUGUACGGCGACUUCGAGCCCCGGGUGAUCAAAGAAAGGUCCCCGGUGGGAAAACGAGCCCCGCCAGAAGAGUUCCGGCCCGAUUUUGCGAAAGAGGAAGUGAAAGAAAACGCCUACUACCUUCGGUCUAGGCAGCGAAGGCAGCCGAGACUUCAGGAAGCCGAGGAGAUGAAGACGCGCAGGACUACCCGCCUACAGCAGCAGCAGUCACAGCAGCCUCAGCUACAGCCGUCUCCGGUUACGACCAGGAGAGGGUUACGAGAUUCUCACUCCUCCGAAGAGGAUGAACCAUCUUCCCAAACUGUUUUAAACCAAACAGUUUCAAAAACUGUCAGGAGAACACAAGAGUCUCCAGUGGAGACUGAAGAUCUUAUCAACAGCCUAUGUAGGCCUCCUCUAAGAAGCUCAAGAUCUGAUUCGGCAUACAAAACAAAUGGAAAUAAUAAAAUGAGUGGAUUAGAAACCACCAGUGUCCAACAGAAGUUCAGUUUCUCUGAAGAAGGAGAAACUGAAGAAGAUGAUCAAGACAGCUCUGACAGUGAUUUCACUACUGUUAAGGUCAGGUCUGGGGAUUCUGUUGAGUCUGGAGAUCAAACCAACAGAUCAUCUAGUCAAUACACAGAAUCACUUUGGCAGUCAUCACAAAGUCAAGACUUCACAACUCAUGGUGAGCCAAGUUUAGUGCUGCGCUUGAGAUAUAAAAAAAACUCUCAGGAAUGGAUGGAACAAACCACAGGAAUACGGACUAGGAUGCAAAAGCCAUCACCAAGAAGGCCCUCUCCAGAUGUGACCCCCGGACUGUGGUCUUCCGAGCCUCUGAACUCAUCUUCACCAGGCAAGAGUUCAAUAUAUGGCAGUUUUUCAGAUGAUGACAGCAUUCAGACAUCAGAAGUUAGAAACCAGUCUCCUCCAUCAACCUCCAGCCAACAAGUGACUGGACAACCCAAAAAUGCAUCUUUUGUCAAGGCAAAGAGGUGGUGGUGGCUACUUUUUCUGAUAGUUGCUCUUGCCGUUGGGAGUGUUUUGUUCACUCAUACUCCUGAGGUAGAAACCACUGCAGUUCAAGAGUUCCAGAACCAGAUGAAACAACUUAUGGAUAAGUACCAAGGUCAAGAUGAGAAGCUGUGGAAAAGGAGCCUAACGCUCCUGGAAAAACAUCUCAAUAGCUCCCGUCCUCGGGCUCAGCCUGCCAUCUUGCUGCUCACUGCUGCCCGAGACGCUGAAGAAGCACUUAAGUGUCUGAGUGAACAAAUUGCUGAUGCCUAUUCUUCCUUCCGUAGUGUUCGUGCCAUCCGGAUUGAUGGGGCAGGCAAAGCUGCUCAAGACAGUGAUACUGUCAAACUAGAAGUAGAUCAGGAACUGAGCAAUGGGUUCAGAAAUGGCCAGAAUGCAGCUGUGGUACACCGCUUCGAGUCACUGCCCGCAGGCUCUACUUUGAUCUUCUAUAAAUAUUGUGACCAUGAAAAUGCAGCCUUCAAAGAUGUAGCCUUAGUCCUGACUGUCUUAUUGGAGGAAGAGACACUUGGAACCAGCCUAGGCCUAAAAGAAAUUGAAGAAAAAGUGAGGGAUUUCCUUAAAGUCAAGUUUACCAACUCUAACACACCCAACUCCUACAAUCAUAUGGACCCAGACAAAUUGAAUGGGCUCUGGAGCCGUAUUUCUCACUUAGUCCUACCUGUACAACCUGAGAAUGCCCUGAAAAGGGGCAUCUGCUUAUAAGGGGUGAGAGCAGGAAAAAGUCAUGUCUGAAGUUCUGAGAAUUUUUCAGACUUUCCAACCAGAGACAGGAUUCAGAGCUCUUCUUGAAAGAAUUGGUUUCUUUUUAAAGGAAGUUAAAUUCUUUCGUAAACAUGGAACAUCUAAAUCAUUUAUUCAACCUAAUUAUCUGUCAAGAGAAUCAUUUCUGUUUCCAUUGAGAGCUUUGUUAAGAGUAUCUUAAGAACAUAAAUUAUAUGGAGUCUCAUAGAGGAUCUAUUUUAAUUCUGGACUGAGUCAUUACUGCUAUGGGUGACCAAUGAGAGGGAUUAGGCUCCUUUCUUAUGAAUCUUCCCGAUUUUUUAACUUGGAUUUUUCACAGAAUUUAUUGAGUUUAUUAGUAAGGCAGCUCCCUAAAUGUAAACAUGGGUUUUCCCAUUAUGUUCCCUUUUACACUAUUUAGGUGUGAGUUCCUUAGUCAGGUUCUGCUUACAGGAACAGAAGUAAUGAAAGGUCAUCUGUGUGUGUUUGAAUUUUUUCUUUCCUUUGGAGGGUGGAGAGAAGGAGGCUAGGAAAGAGAAAUUGUGAAAUAGGGAGGGUAAAAGGAGAAAAAAAACUUCAAGAUGAAAUGUUAGAAUAACCCACUGAGAGAUAGAUUAGUCAAACAUAGGUAUAUGAACUCUGUUAACUCAAUGAAUUCUGUUGAGAUUUGUUUUUUAUAUUUCCUUUUUUUUUUUUUUCUCCAAGAAAUUCUUGGUCCUUCCAAGGAUUUUUAAAGCAUGUAUCUCACGAGGUUUAAUAUAUUUGCUCAUUUGACUCUUAAGGGUAGGUUAAUUCAGAGCAGUUUAUUUUGGAAAUAUCCCGAAGCUUUUGUUUGAAUUAAGAAAUAUAGUUUCAGGAAUUGAUAAACCAUUUGUUAACCAGCUUUCCUGGGAUAUUGAAGACGGAUUUAAUUUUCUGUGAGCCCACUUGUUGUGGUCUGUCCUUUAAUGACACUCCAUAACAAAUAUAAAGAUUUACUAUGCACAUGAUAAAUGUUAUUAAUAGUACCUCAAGCCAAGAAAGUGAGCUUUGCCAUAUAUGAACAAAAGUUAAAUGCAUUUCCAUACUACUAUAGUAUUUUAGCUGUGACUUUUCAUCUGUAACCAAGCUUUCUCAUUUAACUGCUUUGGUUUUCUUAAAACCAUAAUUCUGGAUCGACCUUGUUGUUUUAUUGUCCACAAACCUUUAAAUGAAAAUAUUGUGUUUAGAGUGCUAGAGUAGGUCAUUGGCUUCAUCGUUUAUCCUCUGAUGGUCCCACGACUGGUGGUAGAGAGUGGGCUAAUUUCUUUCCAUUAGUACUACAGUAUCUGUAAAUUGAUACCCUGUAUGGUAAUUUGUUUCUGACUGUCAGAAGUAAGGUCAUCUGAUUUAUAGAGGAUUAUAAAACAGGAGUUUUUGAAAAGUCUUAUUUUAUACAUACAUAUUAUAUGGAGAAACAUGUUUUUAAUAAAUGUUUCACUGACCCAAAUAAUUUUAAAGUAAUUAAUAUGUUACAUAUAUCUUUAAAAAAAAAAAGUAAUUGUAGCAGGUGAUCUGUAAAUGACUUUAAAAGCUAUUUUAGUAAUUUAAAUAAAUUUACUUUCUUGGUUUGUACUCCCUGUAUGCGUUAUAAAUUUCUUGAUUUAUAAACCCUUUUUUUCUUUAA